UGUGCAUCACCCGUUUGUAACGACUAAUGUAUACGGAUGUAUCUGCUUCCGAUAUUUAUUUGACAUUAUGAGCUCACGGAUUUAUGGAUUAUUAUGUACUGCACCAUGUCAGUUUCUGGCGAAUACAUUUCUUAUAAUAUUUUCUGGAUUUCAAAUAUGUUGUGUAAUAUGGAAUAUCAUGGAGAAAUAUGUUGCGAAUUCUUGGACGAUCAUUCUUGCUUCGCAUGAUGGAUGCGCCCAUACUAUCGCAAAACUGCUUCUCGUACACAGAUCAUUUCAUGAUUUCCCCGAAGUGUCUGGAAAAUUUCUGUCUGGAAUUGAAGACGGGAGGGAAAGUCUACGUCACGCAGUUAUGGGCGGUCGGAGCGCCGUGACGAUUCGAUGUGGGCCGGCACAGGCUCGACUACUGCCACCGCGAAUUGGCUGUUGCGCAAUACGAACGCCUCCGGUGUUUCCCAUUUGCGCAAUUUCCUGCGUUCGGGGCGGGGGCAUUCUCCGUCAGCGCGAUUAGCGCAGGCAACAGGUAUAACCGUACGGCCGCGUGCAUUCGAGCGGAGAAUUGAAAUGGGCAGCCAGUCAUUCCACUCGUUUAACGUCUCCCUGAAAUUUUCCAAAUUUUACCGUACUCUCUCACCGUUUUUACCGCGAUCCUCACACCGACUUUUCCAUAGUUACAACAGUAUCGAUUUGCAUUAAAGUGAACGGCUGCUCGAUCGUAAUCAACCGCUGUACGUGUGUUUCCAGCCAGCGAGUAUCAAAGAAACGGUUACCAGCCAUCCCCCGUCGUCCUCUUUCAGUUUUCCGAAAUUUCCAAUUGAAUUCGUUGAAAUGGCGAUCUGUGACUCCGUGGCCUGCGCAUUCGCCUUCCUGUUUGUGGUGAUAGCUCCAGCAAUGGCAACCGGAACAAUUAACGCCGCAAUCUGGACGUUCACCGAUGUUCACUUCCGAGGAAACCAAGGGCCGAUUUUCAAUGCAGCGGUGACCAUGGCGGGCGUCAUGGCUUUCCUUGGAGGCGUCGCUAGGGCGCUGGAACUAAUGAAGACCGGAUCGCGUCAUCUCCUGGCCCGAGCGGGGAUCAUAACGAAGCCCAGCAUGAAGUACUACUUGGACGAAGGAGAAGCCUGGCCCGAGACACCGCAAGAGCUGAGGGCCAAAGAGAAGCAGGCCCGCGCGACGUUAACCGAGACCAUGGCGUCGUGGUCGCUGACCAAGCCCAACGCGAACGCCCAAUACCGCUUUCUGAUGGCCGCACUGGACUUCAUCAACGUCAAAACCCACACCCUGGCGCAGUUGAUUGGGAAGAAGACGACGAAGUUGUCGGCCGAAGUGGAGGUGGUUCGGGUUGCCGUGGCCAAGCUGACGCUCGAGGUGGAGCGCCAUGGAGUCUGGCUGGUGAAGAUCGCCAAGGACCUCAGCGCCAUGGCAGCCGACACGGCCGGGACGAAGCGGGAAGUGGUCGGACUGAAGCGUGACAUCGCGGAGCUGAAGGCUUUGCUGGUCAACCAUUUCCACAUCGCCGUCCCCGCGGCCGCGGCCCAUUAGGGAAAUGUCCCUGUUGAUUUUGCUGCCCAGUAUUUGUCUUUGUAUGUAAUUAUAGUUUAUGGGCGCAGUUAUUUUGGCGUUUCCUCGCCAGGUUUCUUCUGUUAACCGGGUCAAGCGCCCGUAUUUUUUGUCGCCAGCUUCCUUCUGUGUCGGGUCAAGAGCCCGUUUUUUUGUUGUUAAUGAUUUGCCCAAGCGGCUCUGCUGCACGCUGUUGAAAGGGGCCUGCUCGAAAGCGGAAAAAA